AUGAAAUAUUCACUCUAUCUGGCAAGAAAAUACGCGGCUGAAGGAUGGUGGGACCGUGCAAUUCGACAUUAUCUUACUGUGCUUUUCACCUACCCUAAUACCGAACAACGUGAAGUUGAGUUCUCGGACGAAUUUCGUACCGUGCUCGAAAGUUGGAUGUGCUAUUCUCGAAAUGCAGAGUCUUGUCUAAGUGCCUUAUUUGCUCCUAUUCUGAAUCUAUUCCCAAAAUCCGUCCCAAUUAUCACACUUUUGUCUGAACAUGUUGCAGGAAACGCUUUAUUUUCGGCAGAUGAAGGUGAAUCCGGAAUAUCCUCUUACGACAGUUUGAAAGCUGCCAUUAAUAUUGAAUGCGAUCCGCUAAUGGCUGCUGUAUUCCGUGUUUCAUCCGCGAAUGUUAGGAGUUGUGACUUUGAUCAAUGGCAUAUGCUUAUGAUCAACGAUAAGGACAGGAAUGAGAAGUUCUUGGAUGCGCUGAGAAACACUAUUGUACCAACAGACUAUGUACUUGAUAUUGGCACAGGAACAGGACUGAUGAGCGUGUUUGCUGCCAGUUGUGGCGCUUCAAAAAUUUGUGCUAUUGAAUCCAAUUCUUCCCUCUACAAUCUGGCGAAGCGGAUUCUCAGCUUGAAUGGCGUUGACAGUGCCAAGGUGGUCCGGGAUUAUUCGUUCAAUUUCCACCCUGAAGAUGGAGAUUCGGCGGACGUAGUGGUGUCAGAAAUCCUUGACUGUUGUGCGUUUGGUGAAGGAGUAAUACCAACAUUUCUGGAUGCCCAUUUACGACUUGCAACCAACACAGCACGAUUUAUCCCAGCAGAUGUCACUCUAUUUGCUACACUUAUCGAAUCGCCAACGAUUUACCUCAGCCAUGCUUUCACUUCACCAUCAGGAAAGGAGUUCCGGUCGGAAUAUGUAAGAUGCUCUGAUGAAACACAACCCGAGCCUUACUGGUGUACAAGGAUAUCAGAUCUCCCAGACAUGAAAAAGCUUUCAUCAGCCCAACAAGUGAUAAUGGUGGAUUUCGGGAAUGUGAACCAACUUCACGCGUGCAUAAACGGAGUUUCUGGUGGCGUCAAGAUUCCUGUAAUUUCUUCUGGAACUCUCCAUGCUGUAUCGGUACACUUCAGAGCUCUUGUUUGGGGAGAUGAAUACAUUGAUACCUCAGAAAAUACGUGUUGGGAACAAGGGAUUUUUCCACUGUCCUAUCCUAUACGGGUUAAUGAAGGCGACAGCGUUACUGUUAGAUGGACUCUUAAAGGGACUAGAUUUGAUAUGGUAUUGGAAUUACCUCUAAAUGCUGAUGACUUACCUCGAAGCCGCGAACUCGUUCUAAGAGGCGAACGGGACUAUCGCACAAUGAAUAAUGAUAUGCUGCUGUAUGCUAUUACCCGCUUGCUACCAUCGGUCAGUAGGUAUUCAUGGAAUUUGGACAUCAAUCUCAGUGAUGAGGAAACAAGUGUAGUAAGGAACCUACCACACUUCUUGAUAGACUCUAAGGAUAUUGAAGGGGCCUUCGGUGGAGAAUUAGAUGAAGCCAAUUCCGACUUGUCCAUUAUUGUGUGGCCGAUUCGAGCAGAUGGAUCAGUUAGUGAAGUGUUUUUGAAUUCGCUACGAUCGCUUCGCUCUAGAAAUGAUGUGCCUCCGUCAUUGAAAUACUGUGGAUUUCUUACAGAUCGUCUUUCUGCACAUGGUGUCCUCGUUUCCUCAUCCAGACUAUCGAAACUCACAAGGGUGCAGCCCAGCUCUUCGUGCGGUGCCGACUUAUCACCCAUUCGAAUGUAUAACCUUUUAGAGUAUAGAGAUAUUGAUAUAUCGACUUUUGAACACCAUGUAUGUUCGAAUGAAUUUAAGUUCCUGCACUUAGGAGAGGAAGACACUGAGCUGCUGACGAAAAGGAUCGAGGUCAGGUGUACCUGUGCUGGUCUUGUUGAGGGUGUUUUAUAUUGGUGGAAUCUGGAAAACUACUCAACACGUCAGGAUCGAGGAGCUUUCUUUAUUUUCAAGGAACCUAUAUCCGUCAGUGUUGGAACCGUGCUGAGCAUCACCUGUGACGUCUAUUGUGGAUCUAUUCUUCUAUCUGCAGAGAUUGUUUAA